UUUUUGUGUUAUUUAAAGCUGUUUGUGUCUACUAAAGCCAUUGAUCAUGUGUUUGAAAGUCAGCAUUAAGUGAUUGUGAAUAUGAAAAACUUAAUUAAGUUCUACUUACCUCAAAUCAAAUAAUUUUCUUUAUAAAUCACGUUUUAUUCUUAUGCACGGGGUCAUCUUAUUCUUUAACUCUGAAUUCUUGAUUUUAAGAUAUCAAAAGGAUGACCUGUGAUCACUUUAAUUGCUGCAAUGAGAAAAAAAAGAAAAAAAAAAAACAAUUAGAAGAUGAAAUUCAAGGAAAGUUUGAUAUCAGUAAACAAAGGAAAAUGGUUUUUGAAGAUUUUCUUCAUUUGAAUUCGAUUUUAUAUAUUAUCAAUACGUAAAAAAUAACAGUCAACGGUUAAUCAUGGGAAGUCGAAAGAACAAGAAAUCAUUAGCCAACAAUGCAAAUUCAAGGAAGAAUGAAGAUAUGUCUAAAAUGCGGUGUGAUCUUUUGAAGCUGGAUAUUGAAUGCUUAAAUUUGGAACUUGAAGAAAAGGAUGCAAUGAUAUCACGAUUGAAGGAUGAACUGAAGUUGAAGAAAGUGAUCAUCAAUCAGAAAGACAUCAUUAUUGCUCAAUACGAUGAUAAGCUUAAGAAAAAGGAUAUCGUUAUCGAUCAUCAUGUUUUGGAAAUGAAACGAAAAGAGGACAUUCUGAUCAAACAAGAAGAAAUUCUCGUAUAUUAUCAAGAGGUUGUACAUGAAAAAGAUCUAAUCAUCGAACAGCAUGCAGCUGAUACUAUGGAACUGAAUCAUAUUAUCGAUGAGAAAGAACUUGUAAUAAUGAGUAAGGAAGAUAUAAUUGAGAAUAAACUCGAGAUCAUCAAAGCACAAGAUCAUAAGAUUGCUCAAUUAAUCAGUUCAACAAAACGAAUGUCAGAAAACAUCUACAAACUAGAAGAAGCAAACAAGGUUAAAAUUGAGUCACGUAAGCGCAAGCGAAACUCAGAGAAAGGAGAAAUAUUAUUUUAUUUCGAUUUCUGCUUCCGUCGAUAAGAAUGAUGCUGCCCGUAAAACUAUGAAUGAGAAUGUGGAGAAUGCGAAUCCAAAUGUCCCAUCAAAUGUUCUUGAUGUUUCUUUAAGUAGAAUUACGAAUCAGUUGCUAAAGAUGAUGGACGAUGAUCAACAUGGAAGCAUCUUCAAGUCUUGUAUUAAGGAACCAAGCAAAAAGAAGGAUGUCUAUAAAUAUAGUAAGAAGAAAGUUCACUUUUGUGAAAACGUCAAAGUGAUUCAACUUUAACGAAUCACUGACAGUUUGUAAAUAUUGAGAGAAUCAUUGAGCAUUAGGAUUUUGGCAAAUUAGUCUGGAUUAAACAUGAAAUGCCAGGGUCCUAAUCAUUUUGGAGAUACUUGAAUCAAUAAGUUAAGACUGAACUUUGAGGUAUCAUCCACUUUUAUAGAUAACUUUUGAAAUUUAUUAUUAUUUAAGAAUUGAGUGAUCAUAAUAUUUACUAUUGAUAUUUUUAUACUGGUAGGGUAAACCAUGUUGAAAUUUGUGCGCUCAAAUAAAAAAGAAAUCAGCCCAAAUAAGCCAUUUAAACCAAAAUGUUGUUUGCAGUUCUGUGUAAAACAGUUGUACAAACAUUUCUACAUCAUUUUGGACAGUCUCGAAGCUUGGAGCAGCUUUACAUUUUAAAAAUUCAAAAUCCCAUACAAAAUUGUGAUUUUCAUAUUUUAAAAUAUUUGGACAUAACCAGUGCUGCUUG